CAGAGGGAAGCCGGAGCCCGCCAGCCGCAGCCGACCGGCAGGACGCUCCCGAGUGAGAAGCACCACUCUCUACUUUUCACGGCAUCAAGGUCGACACUCCCCCUCGUCUCUCAGGCGGCGGCAUGCAGCCUCGGGGCGCUCGGCCGCACCGCCCCUGCUGGGGAGGAGCCAGGACUAGGCUGCCCAAUAGGGCCGGUUUGACCCGCGAACCGGCAACGGCUCUCCCGAGGGAGCUGGGCUGCAGAACGCCCCGCCCGGAAACCAAAGUGGAGGCUAGAGGGGGUGGGUGGCGUGGCCGUGCUGCCGGCGGAAGUAGAGUCCUCCGUGAGGGCGAACGGCCUCCCGGGAAAACCGGGCCGUAGGAGCGGGGCCGGGCUGGCGAUGGGGACGCGGGAGAACUGCACGGAGCUGCACGUGUGCCCGCGGGGCAUUGGGGACGCGGAAGAGCGGCAGAAGGGACAGCAGGCAACCACCGGCCCGGGUGACCGGGGGCGGGGCGGCUCCCGCGUGGGCUUGCCCGGGGUGUGCGCGCGCACCUACUCUCUCCCCGCCCACUCGGUAGGGGAGGCCGAGGCCACGCCCCGCGCGUCUAGCCUUAGGCGGAUCUGCUCAGCCCGGGCCCCUGCCUCCGCUGGUUAAAGGGGUCGGUGAGGCGCAGCCCCCGGAAACAGCCGCGCACUCCGGGCCUGAGAGCGUGCCGGGCGGCGGCGACGAGGCACAGGUAACCGGGCGGGCGGGCGGCUCACCGGCGGAGGGCCGUGCUGUCCGCCGCUGCACCGCGCUGCCCGUGCUUGGGAAUGGAGCCGAUUCGAGAGAGCCUUAACCGAUCCCUUUGAGCCCCGGCACCGCCUCCAUUGAGACCCUGAGAGGGGAGGGGAGUUGCCGAGGUCACACAGCUGGGCAGGGGGAGGGCUGGAACUGAACUCCAUCAUCUACACAAUCUAACAUGCUCCAGCUCAUUGUGGAGUUUGCGCCAGAGUCCGGAGUGAGAUGGUCCUGAGCAUGUCCCUGCCUCUGGAACUGACUGUGUGACAUUUGUGAAUGGGUCCCUGCAGGGUUUUACUCUGUUGCCCAGAAUUGAUGCUCCUUUGGCUAAGUUUGUAAUGUACGCCUUGAAAGAAGACUACCUGGGAGAGUAUGGCUGGAGUCCAGAAGCUGCCUCCCCCCACCGCGCGUUCGCAGCGAGUAGUUUCGACAGCAUCAUGGCAGAGCAGGUGGCCCUGAGCCGGACGCAGGUGUGCGGGAUCCUGCGGGAAGAGCUGUACCAAGGCGAUGACUUCCACCAGUCAGAUACACACAUAUUCAUCAUCAUGGGCGCAUCGGGCGACCUGGCCAAGAAGAAGAUCUACCCCACCAUCUGGUGGCUGUUCCGGGAUGGCCUUCUCCCUGAGGACACCUUCAUCGUGGGCUAUGCCCGCUCCCGCCUCACGGUAGCCGACAUCCGCAAGCAGAGUGAGCCUUUCUUCAGAGCCACCCCAGAGGAGAAGUCCAAGCUGGAGGAGUUCUUUGCCCGCAACUCGUACGUGGCUGGCCAGUACGAUGAUGCAGCCUCCUAUCAGCACCUUAACAGCCACAUGAACACCCUUCACCAGGGGUCGCAGGCCAACCGCCUCUUCUACCUGGCCUUGCCUCCCACCGUCUAUGAGGCUGUCACCAAGAACAUCCACGAGAACUGCAUGAGCCAGAUAGGUUGGAACCGCAUCAUCGUGGAGAAGCCCUUCGGGAGGGACCUGCAGAGCUCUGACCAGCUGUCCAACCACAUCUCCUCCCUGUUUCGUGAGGACCAGAUCUACCGCAUCGACCACUACCUGGGCAAAGAGAUGGUCCAGAACCUUAUGGUGCUGAGAUUUGCCAAUAGGAUCUUUGGCCCUAUCUGGAACCGGGACAACAUUGCCUGUGUGAUCCUCACCUUCAAGGAGCCCUUCGGCACUGAGGGCCGCGGUGGCUACUUCGAUGGGUUUGGUAUCAUCCGGGACGUGAUGCAGAACCACCUCCUGCAGAUGCUCUGUCUGGUGGCCAUGGAGAAGCCCGCCUCCACCAACUCGGACGACGUCCGUGAUGAGAAGGUCAAGGUGUUGAAGUGUAUCUCAGAGGUGCAGGCUAACAACGUGGUCCUGGGCCAGUACGUGGGGAACCCCAGCGGGAAGGGCGAGGCCACCAAAGGGUACUUGGAUGACCCCACAGUGCCCCGCGGGUCCACCACUGCCACCUUUGCGGCUGUCGUCCUCUAUGUGGAAAACGAGAGGUGGGACGGGGUGCCCUUCAUCCUGCGCUGUGGCAAAGCCCUGAAUGAGCGCAAGGCUGAGGUGCGGCUGCAGUUCCACGACGUGGCCGGCGACAUCUUCCAGCAGCAGUGCAAGCGCAACGAGCUGGUGAUCCGUGUGCAGCCUAACGAGGCAGUGUACACCAAGAUGAUGACCAAGAAGCCUGGCAUGUUCUUCAACCCCGAGGAGUCAGAGCUGGACCUGACCUACGGCAACAGAUACAAGAACGUGAAGCUCCCUGAUGCGUACGAGCGCCUCAUCCUGGACGUCUUCUGCGGGAGCCAGAUGCACUUCGUGCGCAGCGAUGAGCUCCGGGAGGCCUGGCGGAUCUUCACGCCGCUGCUGCACAGGAUCGAGCACGAGAAGCCCCGGCCCAUCCCCUACGUGUAUGGCAGCCGAGGCCCCACGGAGGCAGACGAGCUGAUGAAGAGAGUGGGUUUCCAGUACGAGGGCACCUACAAGUGGGUGAACCCGCACAAGCUCUGAGCCCUGGGCCCGGCCGUCCGCGCCCAGCCACCCUGUCCGCUCUCCUUCCCCUCCCCACUGCCCGACCCCACGUCGGGAGGACUGCGGGACCACGGGCCUCAGCCGCACAUUCCUGGCCCCAGGCUCAGGCCACCCCCACCUGCCCCUCGCUGCUGCUGCUGCUGCCACCACUGCCGCCUGAGCCCAGCUACAUUCCUUAGCCACCAAGCAUUCAAGACUGGCACUGUGACCAUUCCGGGCCCCCAAAGACCCUGCCUGAGCCACCCUCCUCUGCUCACUCCAGCCACACAGAAGGAAGGAGAAGAUGGCCUCGGGCCACAGCGAGGGGCGAUGAGGAGGGCCUGGGCCUCCGCGGGGCAGUGGCCGAACCACACUCCCUGUUGGUUGUGGGCAAGCUCCUCGAAACUCCGGGAAGGGGGCAAGCACGGCCACGCCAGCCUCAGUGCUACUUGACAUUCCUGGUCACCAGCUGGAAGGGACCUCGUGCUGCCCAGCAUCUCGAGCCCCCUGGAUAGCCCCUGUCCCACCAACUCUGCACUGGAUGGCCACCCCCCCUGCAACACCCACAGACAGCCUCCUCGCUCCAGAAAAAGCCGAAGCAGCAGCCGGACUCCCCCACCUUAACCCC